UUGUUGCAUUUGAUGUUUGUUAAGCUGUAUGUCUGGAUUUUGUUCCUUUGCGCCCUCUGGUGGUGAACUGUGUAGGGUACAGCUUUGCUGUUUGGGUCUCCACCCAGCCACUUUUUCCUUUUUGCUAGCGCACAUGGUGUCUGCAUGCUGCAGCUCACGGUUAGCUCCACACAUGGAGAAAAUAUCGUUUAAAGAGUGGAAAUAAUUGAGAAAGAAGAUGGAGGAUAAGGCAAUAAGGCCAUAAAGGACUAUUUAGCACCUCCUGGAUGUCAGCUCACGAGUUCUCACGGGUUGCCAAGACCAGAAUAAACCCUGUUCCAUAACUACAUCGUGCGUACGUCCAUCCUUGAGGGUGCUACAGUGAGAACUCCGCUCUGCACGGGUAGAUGAAAGGACGCAGCCCCGCAGGAAAGUCAGGUGCCCCGAAAAUAAGUGUUGCCUCAGUUAAAGGACUCAAUAUAAUUAACCACAAGAAAGAGAGAAAUAAAAACGAAAAGGACUGUAAAAAUAAUUAAGAUAAGUUUCCUUUUAUAAAUGAACAAAGGACUGGAAUAUUUCAUUUUUCUUUCUUUCUCAUUGUUUACAUUUCUGCUGUUUAAGUGACUGAUAUUCAUACAGUGAUAGAUUAAUGUUGUGAUGAGUAACCUGUGCAUUGUGCGUAUGGUGGGUUUCAGCAGCUUCUGUAAGAAACAGUAUUACUGGCUUGGACAAGAUAUGUAAUGGUGACUUAUAUGUAAAGUGACUUAAGUAUACACGUUAAGUGAUGUUUAAAGAGUAACAGUAAUUACUGUGCUUUAAAGUUGUAACAGUAAAUGUAGAUUGAUAUCCAUUUGCUCCUCAACUACCAAAUCAAAUUUAAGCUGCUGCACCAUUACAUUAAGGCUAAGUAAGAUACACACAAAAAAACCAAAACCCUCCAACAAUGGCAGAGUUUGAGGCUAAUCCAGAAGUCAGUGAAAAGGGUGAUGUGGAACAACUUUCUGCAGAUGAGCAACUACAAGCAGUUGAAGGCACAGCUGAUGAUGUUUCUACUACCUCACAAAAAGCACGACAGAGCCAACGAGUCCGUACGUUGACGGAAAAGGGCAAAGAACUGUACGGUGAGCACAUAAAGAAGGCUGCACAUCGUUUCAGUGUGCGCUAUGAGAAGUGGAAGGUUGUCAUUAAGGAUGCCAAAGGAGCUAUAGAUGGUCUAUGCUCAAAGGAUCUGCUACAAGAACAUGUUACCAAGGUUUUGAGUGCUUCUAAGGAUGUGAAUGCUGCCUAUGAUGACUUCAGACGUAUUGAAUCUCCAGAUAGUGACACAAGACGAAGGAUGGAUACGUGUGAAGCCAUAACAAAGACAAUUAUCGAAUCUGUAAGGAAGUGUCCAAGUCCAAGUAGUGCGGUGGUUCAAAGAGAUGAAGAACUUUGGAAGGACAGUGAGUCUUCAUCUAAAUCCGUAGCCUCAGAUGUGGAAAGUCAAAGGGAUGAAAAAUGGAAGGAAACUGAGUCUAUGCCUAAGUUAGAAGCCUCAGACAGGUUGAGUGUUAAGUCACACCACACUAAGCUCUCUUCUCAUUCAAGGGUUUCCUCUAGACACUCCAGCAGGCUCUCAGCUAAAAGACAAGACGCAGCUGCUGAAGUUGCAGCAAAUGAGGCUGCUCUCCAAGUUCUGCUUGCGCAAGAAAUCCAUAUGAAGGAAAUUGAAAGGCAAGAAGCAGAAAUAGCACAAAGACAAAAGGCUCUAGAGGCUAAGCGCAGAGAAGUAGAGCGACUUGAGACUGUAAAAAAGCUGAAUGCAGCAAAGGCUCGACAGCGGGUGUAUGAACAAAGUGAAUGUUCAGAUGAAGAAAUAUACAACCUACUUCACCAUAGAUCUGAUAAGAAAAAUGAAGUCAAGUCUGAAAACAAUGACCAGCAUAUGAAACGGUGUUCCUCGCCACAAAAUGUGACACCGCAACGUGAGGUGAGCACAGAAGAUCUGGUCAAAGCAUUUGCAGUGUCUCUUAAUGCAAGUCGUCUUCCGGUACCAGAGCCAACAAUAUUCAGUGGCGAUCCUAUCAGAUAUAAUGAUUGGAAAAUUUCCUUUCAGACUCUGAUCGACAGGAAAAAUAUACCAGUUGAAGAGAAGACUUAUUACCUGAGGAAAUAUGUAAGUGGCCCUGCAAGGAAAGCAAUAGAAGGCUACUUCCCGCUUGGCACAGAGUCUGCAUACUAUGCAGCAUGGACAGUUCUCGAAGAGAGGUAUGGCAAUCCCUUCCUCGUAGCAAAGGCCUUCAGAGACAAACUUGACGCAUGGCCUAAGAUAAGCUCUAAAGGCAGUAUGGAACUUCAAGCAUUUGCUGACUUCCUUUGCUGCUGUAAGACAGCCAUGUCGCAAAUGAAGGGGCUUGAAGUGCUCAAUGACUGCAAUGAAAACCAAAAAAUGCUUGCAAAACUUCCAGAUUGGCUGACUUCAAGGUGGAACAGAAAGGUUACAGAAGUGCAAGAAGAGACUCACACCUUUCCAAGCUUCAGCCAAUUUGUAGAUUUCAUCUCACGGGAAGCCAAAAUUGCCUGUAAUCCCAUAACAUCUCUCUAUGCUCUGAAGCCAAGUGAAACUGAAGGGGCAAAAACAACAAGGAACAGAGGCAAUGGAGCAAAGGUGCUAGCAACUCGCUCAAAUGAAAGGACUGUUAGUGCUAGUUGUGUGUACUGUGAAAGGUCGGGUCACAGUCUACUUAAGUGUAGAAGGUUCAUAAAUGAGAGCAUUGUUGAGAGACUAAAGUUUGUUCAAGACAAGAAGUUAUGUUUUGGCUGUCUGAACUCUGGUCAUCGCUCCAAGGAUUGUGAAAGUAGAGAAACCUGUGACACAUGUAAUAAAAGACAUCCGACAUGUCUUCAUGACAAUCGCAAUAAGGAAGACAGAACAAGGAGACAUCAAACCAAGAAUAGUGACAGGACAAGACAAACGAACUCAGACGUCUCACAAGACAACAGUGUCACACCAACAACAAGUGAAGCAACUUCUAACAGAGUCACGCAGAAUGUUGACGACACUCACACAUCUUCCAUUAUUCCAGUAUGGGUGUCAACCAAAGGUGAGCCAGAGCAUGAAAUUCUUGUGUACGCGCUCCUUGAUACACAGAGCGAUACAACCUUUAUUCUUGAAGAAACGGCACAAGCUCUGCAUGUCAAAGGUGAAUCGACUCAGCUAAAGCUCACUACCAUGUCUUCAAGAAACACAGUUGUGGCUUGUCGCAAGCUCUCAGGUCUACAAGUCAGAGGGUUCUACUCAAAUAAGACCAUUUCCCUACCAGUAACAUAUUCCAGAGACUUUAUUCCCGCAAACCGAGAUCACAUUCCAUCGCCUACAACAGCUAAGGCUUGGCCUCAUCUUGAAUGCAUUGCAAGUGAGAUCGCUCCACUACAAAGCUGUGAUGUUGGUCUGCUGAUUGGGUACAACUGCCCCCAAGCACUUGUUCCUCGUGAGGUUGUGUCUGGAAGGGAAAAUCAGCCGUUCGCCCAAAAAACUGAUCUGGGAUGGAGUAUUGUGGGUUAUGGCAAUCCAUGUCUUGAUUAUGGAGAUGCCUUCGGAAUAAGUCACCAAGUCAUUGUGAAGGAAGUGGUGCCUGACAUUCAGCCUUCUUCAAACUUCACCAACAAGGUUCACUAUGUCUACAGAACUCAAAUAAAGGAAAUUAUCUCUCCCACAGAGGUCAUACCCACUGGUGAAAUUAAGGUGGGAGAGUUAUCAACCAGUGACCCGGAGGUUAAGAAGGUUCAAGUCCACAAGAUACAAGUGGAGGAACAAAGGUCCUUGUUAGAUCGCCUACACAAGUUUUCCGACUGGUCGAGAAUGGUUAAGGCAGUUGCUAGACUCAAGCGGUAUGUGAAAGAAGCAAAGGAUCACAAGAGUAGAUCACACGACAUCAGUAGCCUACAAGAGAGAAAGGAAGCAGAGUUAACGAUCAUAAAGAUGGUUCAAGAAACCGCCUUUGCUCAGCAAAUAAAAACCUUGCAACACCAUGAUGUGAUGCAGAUGAAAGACAAGGUUAACGAGUUACACAAGUUAUGUCCAUUUCUUGAUGACCAAGGCAUUCUUCGGGUAGGCGGACGCUUAACACAUGCAGCUUUGCACCCCAAUGUCAAGCAUCCUGCGAUCCUGCCAAGAGACAGUCACGUGUCGGCAUUACUGGUCAAACAUUAUCACGAGAAGACAUACCAUCAAGGACGAGGGAUCACCAUGAAUGAACUUCGAGCUAACGGAUUCUGGAUUCUUGGAUGCAGCAAGAUUGUGUCAUCUUACAUCUAUAAAUGUGUAAAAUGCAGAAGGUUCAGAAGGCGCACAGAGCAGCAGAAGAUGGCAGACCUCCCAGAGGAUCGGAUGGAGACCACACCGCCAUUCACCUACUGUGGGAUGGACUGCUUUGGUCCUUUUUAUGUCAAAGAAGGCCGCAAGGAGCUAAAGCGUUAUGGCUUGCUAAUCACUUGCAUGUGCUCCAGGGCAGUGCAUCUUGAAAUGCUUGAUGAUCUCUCUACAGAUUCCCUCAUCAACUCCUUACGUGCAUUCAUGGCCAUAAGAGGUACAGUUCGCCAGAUAAGAUGCGAUCAAGGCACGAAUUUUGUCGGCACUAGAAAUGAGUUUAUUGGAGCAUUUAAGGAAAUGGAUCAAGCCAAGCUAGGGAAACUGGACUGCGAGUUUCUCAUGAACACCCCAGCGUCUAGUCACAUGGGUGGUGUCUGGGAAAGACAAAUUCGCACCAUAAGAAGUGUUCUCAUGUCCAUUCUGGAACAAUCAGCCAAACAACUCGACAGCUCCUCUCUGAGGACAUUCCUGUAUGAAGUCAUGGCAGUGAUUAAUAGCAGACCAUUGACUACUGACCAACUAUGUGAUCCAUCAAACCCAGAACCUUUAACACCGAAUCACAUACUAACCAUGAAGUCCACAAUCAUCUCUCCACCUCCAGGAAGGUUUGUGAAAGAAGAUCUUUAUCUCCGUAAGAGGUGGCGUCGUGUUCAACUACUUGCCAACACUUUCUGGACAAGGUGGAAAAAGGAGUAUUUGUUAAAUCUUCAAGGCAGACAGAAGUGGACCAAGGAGCACAGAAAUGCUAAGAUCAAUGAUGUUGUCCUCCUGAAGGAUAAGAUAACUCCACGCAACCAGUGGAAGUUGGCAAGGAUCAUUGAAGUGUAUCCUGGAAAGGAUGGAAAAGUGAGGAAGGUGAAAUUGCUGCUGAGUGAUCCAACCCUGGAUAGAGCAGGAAAACGUACCUCCAAACCUGUGCACCUGGAAAGACCCAUUCAGAAGACAGUCAUUCUGAUGGAAGCGGAAGAAGAUUCUCAACCGCACUCUGCUUAAAGGAUAAUUCAUGAUAGUUCAUUCAAAAGCCGUUCAUUAGUUCCUAGGCAAUACUUUAUUCUUUAAAUCACGAGUGAUUGGUGGGAGUGUAACGGUCUUUUGCAUGUGAUGUUUGUUGCAUUUGAUGUUUGUUAAGCUGUAUGUCUGGAUUUUGUUCCUUUGCGCCCUCUGGUGGUGAACUGUGUAGGGUACAGCUUUGCUGUUUGGGUCUCCACCCAGCCACUUUUUCCUUUUUGCUAGCGCACAUGGUGUCUGCAUGCUGCAGCUCACGGUUAGCUCCACACAUGGAGAAAAUAUCGUUUAAAGAGUGGAAAUAAUUGAGAAAGAAGAUGGAGGAUAAGGCAAUAAGGCCAUAAAGGACUAUUUAGCACCUCCUGGAUGUCAGCUCACGAGGUUUGUGUGUCUAAAUGUUUUAUUUUCUGUAAUUAAGGAUUUUUGAUUGAUUGAUACUGCGUACAAGAGCGCAUUUUUAUGUGAUGUUUUUGUUUUAUUGUUUUGUCCGUGAGCAGUUCUCACGGGUUGCCAAGACCAGAAUAAACCCUGUUCCAUAACUACAUCGUGCGUACGUCCAUCCUUGAGGGUGCUACAAAUUCAUUUAUCAGUUGUAAA